AUAAAUUUUUGUUUACCUAUGCCAUGGGCCCUUUUCAUGUUUAACUGUAAUUAUCUGCUAAUCAAAAUAGUUGUGCUUGGGGAGUUCUGCAUAGCAUAAAAUUAUAUUAAAAGUAGUAAUAUUACAAUGAGUGCGCGACGAAGGCGUCAAUUUUAUUUGGCAGAUGAAUACUAUGGUCGGAAAUAUGUUAAAAAGCCAAAGCGAAAAAUAAUUGAGAGCUCUAGCAGGUCCUGUGAACCAUCCAGUAGCUAUCAAGAAAGGGAUGCCGAUUCGGGGAACGAGCUAGAUGCAUCAGCUGGAAAAGCAAACCAAACUGUUUUUACCAAGGAGGGCAAUCAUUCAUACGAGACCGACAGUACUGCUGAAGGUACUGAUCAAGAAGCAUUUGAUUCUAUAUCGGAAGGAUCAGAAGAUGAGCAGUCCAGAUCGGAAAUGUUUGAAGAAUGUUUACCCAAGCUAUUUCCAUCGCUCAAUGAAAAACUUUUUACGACAAGGGCUGACUUAACAGUAGAUGACAUUUUGUUCAUGGUUCUGAACCAAUAUGUUCGACAUAAUUUAACGCAGACUGCUGUGGAAGACAUGUUAAAAAUGCUUAAUACUAUGUGCGGAACGAAGGUUCUUCCUGAAUGUUUCUCCGCAUUCAUUUCGCAUUUUCAAUGUGACCCGUACAACUCAUCCCGUAUAAUUUACUGUAGUGCAUGCCAAUAUGAUUAUGGACCAUCUACACAAGAAACGAAUAUCGCAUGCCCAGUAUGCGAGUCGAAGGAAAAAGAUUUUUUCAUUUCGAUCCCCGUGGAGCCUCAAAUACGAGACCUCGUAAUUCAAUACGAUUCUGAAAUUGAAAGAUAUAACCGGUAUGUUCAGGAGCACAAGAUUGCAGACGUUAUGUGCGGAAGAUAUGCUCAACAAAUUAUUAAGGAACAGUCACGGCAAUGUCUUACACUGAGUGCCAACACAGAUGGAGCAGCCACAUAUCGAUGCACGACCCAGAAACCGUUGUAUCCUGUGUUUGUUACAUUGAAUAAUCUUCCCCCGAAUUUGAGAUUUUCAAAGUAUAACCUGAUUCUUGGCGGUAUAUGGCUUUCGCAAGGAGAACCAAACACCAAUUUGUUAUUCAAAUAUCUAUGUUUGGAAUUACGACGAUUGCAAAAGGAUGGAAUUACUAUCGGUCUUAAGACAUAUACCGUUUUAUUGCUUCAAGUAAAUUUGGAUUCGGUGGCGCGUUGUAAGGUGCAAAAUAUGAAACAAUACAAUGGCUCACACGGUUGCACAUAUUGUCUCCAUCCCGGAGAAACGAAGGCCACAAAUUAUUCCAGGUGUUAUCCAUAUUUGCAAAAUGUUUCUAAGAGGGACGAUACUGAAACAAGGCAGUUAAUGGACAAAACAACAACUACUGGGGUUGAGGAGCUUGGAGUGAUGGGGAAAACAGUAUUCACUUUUCUGCUGUACAUGGACGUUAUUGCAUGCUUUCCUCCAGAUUAUAUGCACUCGGUCUUGCUCGGUGCAAUGAAGCAACUUUGGACUUUAUGGACUGAAAGCGAGCACCACAAGGAAUCAUUUUAUAUUGGAACUCACUUAAAGGACAUUGAGUCAAGAAUACUGAGUAUUCGACCACCAUCUGCAUUUCCCAGGUACCCACGACAACUUAGAGAAUACAAAAAAUACAAAGCAAAUGAAUGGGAGCCAAUACUCAUUCAUUACUUGUAUCCGGCGCUUGUUGGCAUCAUGCCCCAAAAAUAUAUGAAUCAUGUAAUGCUGCUAUCGUCUUCAAUUCAUCAGCUCUUGGAUCCUAAGUUAAACGAAGUGACCAUUUCUUCUUGUGAAAAGAAACUCAAUUUGUUCCUGCGACAGUUUGAAAAUUUAUAUGGCAAACACAACAUGUCGUAUAAUAUUCAUUUACUGAGUCAUUUGAUUGACGCAGUGCGGAAUUUUGGAGCUCUGUAUAAUUUUUCGCUAUUCCCGUACGAAGCAGGUAUAUAUUGGUAUUACAUGUUCAUCAGAUAAUCACUAAUAAUUUUUUUUUAUUCUAGGAAACGGUAUGCUUCAAGGUUUUCGUUCUGGUACCAAGAAACCAUUGUUACAAAUCGAACGAAAAUUUUAUAUGAACAAGCUUUGUCAAUCAGCCAAUCAUAAUGUCAACACUCGUGUUGAAAACUGGGCUCGUGCCAUAUGGUUAAAACACCCGAUUGUAGCUCGAUUCGAUCCGAAGAUGUUAUAUAUUUUGAAGGAGAGCCUGCAGUUCGAUACAGAUGUAAUUGUAAGGUCUUUCAGCGCCCAUAGUAAAACUCAUAUUGAAGGCUUAAAUUUAUGUAAUAGAACAGCAUGCAAGACGUAUCAGUAUGACGAUUCUUGGAUUUACAUGAACGGUAACUUUUUUAAUAUUCAGGAAAUUCUAUGUGAUCAGGAUAAUUGUACGUACAUUGUUGGUCAGCAGAUGAAAUGCAAGCCAAUAUUUGAUAACAUUUUUUCUUACGUGCCGACUGAUAAUUUCAAAGUUAUGAGAAUUAACAAUUCGAUUCAACAAUGCGUCAGCAUGAACAUACAAACCGUCGAUGGAAUAAUGCAUUUCAUAUCGAAAUGUAAAAUCCGCACUCAGGUUGAUUGAACAAUGUAGGUUUGAAACUGUUUGUAAUGUAGUAAUAUUAAAAAGUAAUAAAGCAUAAGUUUUGUAUGUAGCAAAAUAUUUUUUCCUUGUAUGACUUCAAAUGAGUUGUUUUUUAUGUAAGAAAUUCCUCAAGAAAAUCUAAAUGAUUCAGUUAUAUGUUACUAGCUGUACCCGGCAAACUUUGUCUUGCCUACUGCGUUUUUUGACGUUUUAAGUUUCUAGCCAAGACCAAAUCCCCGGUCAAAAUGUAUGAAAGAUCGAUUUUCAAAAACUCUCAUUUUUUCUAUGUUUUAUGCCUCAUAAACCUUUCUUAGGUGUAAACUAACAGAGCAAAACUAAGACGACCAAAAUCGGACCUUCCGUUUGCAAGUUAUGCGCGGUCCCACGUAUGCCACUGCAUUUAUAUAUAUA